CGCUCACAGGCCACAGCCGCCAACUAUUCGUAGUGUAGAGACAGCUUCGAAGUCUUCACGAUCUGCUGGAAGGCAUUGGGGAGAAGUGAGGGAGAGAAGCUGGGAAACUGGACUUCUUCGGCGAUCACAGUGGCAUUUGUUGAUGCUCAUAUGGUCGCAUUUCAGCCAAACGUCGCUUCACCAGCUUCGGGCUUCCCAUGUCCACCAUGGACCGCGGCCCACCAGGCUUACCCGGACUCGCCUCGGAGGACAGUCUCCUGUGCCAUAAAGCUGGUCUUUUGACCCCCCUCGACCUGCUUCUCGCAUCACCGAUCGACGUUGAAAAGCAAAUAGGAGCAGGCGGCAAUAAUAGCCCAGUCACAUCCUCUAUUAUGAUUACUGCUAACGAUGUGGUGCGCAUGCAGCAUGUCGUCCAACUCGCUGUUCACCCCAGAUCCUCCCCUUCGCUAUGGCAAGAAGUUCGACAAGCUCACCGGUCUCGCGAGAGAAACGUGGUCGAUUUCGUGACCGGGUGGACUCAAUUCAAAGCUACAGGCCCUGCGCUGUCUUUGUCACAGAUUGUCGCCGCCACUCCCGGCCAGGAUGAAGUGUCUUUGACCCUCUUUGAUUAUUCGUCUUUGCCGCCUGGAGCUUAUCCAACAUGCUCUCUCGCCUCAACCUCAGCCGAUGCCUUUCUCGCGGAACCAACCACGGGCAGACAAACAUGCAAGAAAAAUGCACAGGCAGUCGGAUGCCGAAGUGCUGAGGCAUCAGGAUCUCGCUUCUUCUCAGAGGGUGUCGUACCUACAGGUGUCAAAAGCCUCGACACCAUGCUCAAUGGCGGCCUUCGGCGAGGCACGAUCACUGAUCUGGCGGGUGAAAGUGGAUCUGGAAAGACCCAGCUAAUCAUACAAACUAUCAUGAGUACGCUCUUGGGCAUCAAGAUGGUGGACGCUCUCGACUCGAUAGAUCUUUUCGCAGACGACCCGCAGCGCAUACCUCCACUUGGGGAUAGGCGUUCUCCAGAGCCGCCGCAUUGGGAGGCAGCUGGAGGUGUCGCACUGCUCCUGACGGGAGGAAAAGCAGCCGCACAUAAAGUGGUCAAUCGUCUGGUCGAGAUGGUGCAGACCCGGUACGCUUCAAGAACCCAGGAGCGUCAUCCGCGGCAAGAGCAGCAUCUCUCCUUCUCACAACCUACAUCAAGCGGCAUCUUCAAAGGUAGUGGACGCAAGCGGUCUCACAAGAGCAUGCAGACCGACACCGAAGAAGCUUCACCUGCAUCUAGGUCGGGUGCAGAAAGCUGCGUGCACAUUCGGCGCAUGCUACAGAAUCUUCACAUUGCGCACGCCCCAAACUUUGAAGCGCUUCAUCGGAUCCUACACCACACCCUGCCGAGCUUUCAAGACACUCUUUCUCUAUCUUCAACACGCGGUGCGCGCCAUGCAAAUCAAAAUUCUGCGCCAUUGGACCUGAUUGUGAUCGAUAACCUGGCGACCGUGCUCAAUGAAGUCCACGGGAAUAACGUCGAAGGCAUGAUGCAGCGCUCUAGGAUGCUGUGUGAUCUGUCUGAGCAGCUCAAAUACGUAGCUGCAGGAUCCAGCGUUGAUUCGCUUGACGAGCAUCGACCUCACCUCGGAUCGGCAGUCCUUGUUGUCAACCAUCUAGCAGACGCUUUAGAGUCAACGCGGUUGUUCUCGGAGCGAUGCAACAAACUUCGUGACUCCACCACAUUCAGCCUAUUGGCGGAUCCUGCAUCGGAUCUGAGCAGCGACGCUCCGAGCAACUUUGUCGAGCCGGAUGACCUACAUGCACCACCAGACUUUGAGCUACAAGCGGCACAUUCUAGCGGGCUCAUCACUUCUCUCUGUAAGCUGGACUACGCCAGCACCGGCGGUAGCGGCGGUGGAGCAGUGGACACUUUCAGCAUUCCCGCUGAGGCAAACUCCAACGUCGCCUCGGGUAAAGUUGCGCAACUUGGUCCUGUCUGGACUAGCUGCGUGAAUGCCCGUGUACUCCUCAACAAGACGCGGCAGCGGAUUGCGCUGCCACUCUCACUGUCGGCUGCGGACUCUGCAGGCUGCUUCACGCCCUCAACAGGACAAACUGUCCGGCAAAAACACCCCAACAAUAGUCAGCUGGUGUGCGUCAGGCAAGCUGCGGUCUCUUUCUCAUCUUGGUGUGCUUCAGGGCUCGAGCUCGAUGAACCAGCGCACUUUGUUAUCACGCAAAAGGGCCUGAUCACCGUGCCUCCAGAUUCGAUCCAAUGUUCUCCAGCAAUUACUGUUGCUCGAGACCCAAUCAGCCAAGGGACCGCCAAGGCAAAGACCGACCCGCGACAGGAGGUGUCCCCUUCGGAAGAUGAACUAGGAUUUUAUGGCAGCGAGCACUGGAUAGAUGGCUCCACUCUCACCGAAGAAGACCUCCUGCAGGCAGCUCAGGAAGCAGAAGAGGAGGCCAUGCUCAGCGGUGUAGUUGCACAGGGAGCGAUUUGACAUUGGUAUGUACUCUAUGCUCAGCAAUGCCGAGACCAUGCGAGCAUCAUGUGCAUGGCGAC